AUGCUCAGCCCCCUGCCUGCGCUUUGCUCCCAACAGGGUGAAUACCGCGUCGAUCAUCAGGCGCCCAAGACGUUUGUCAACUCCUUGAUGUAUAAGAUGAGCUACUACCGCUUUGGGGAGCUCAAACUAGACCCCCGCAUGCCUUCCGGUUAUGACAGAACUCGAAAUGUGGAGAUUGGUCAGAAGAACAUUGAUCUGCGCUACCUGGAGGAGGCCUUCACCUCGGAGCACUGGUUAGUGCGCAUCUACCGCGUCAAGAAGCCAAGAAACAUCCUGCCUCUUACGCGUCCGCGACGUCGCACCAUCAGCCGCACCUCGCGCAAGACUCAUGGAGAUCGUCGUGGCAUUGUUGGUGCUCGUGCGCGUAUCGUCAAGGGGACCCGCCCAGCGGUCACCGCCUAAGCCGUGUCCUCAGCUCACCCCCGCCGUUGCUGUGAAAUUCCUCACGCUCCUUCCCAACCCCCCAUGUUUGGUAAGUCUUUAUACGGGACCCGGUGCUGACCUCCAUUGCUAGCCAGAGCCCUUCCGCCACCAGCACCUCAGUGCUACUGUGUUUAUAGGAGAAGCCCCUAACGAGGCCACUUUUAUGGAACACAUCUUUUGCCCAUUUCGUAAAUUAGACAGCCAGUUAUAGCUAGGUGCGCCGGUGAUGAAGUCCCGCAUUACCGCUCGGAAACCUGAGUGAUGUGUAAACGAACACCAUUUUUAGCUUGUGAUUGCUGCGAGCCGAUAAGGAAUCAUACAUUUGCGCCGGACGGAGGUUUGGACUAAACAGUCCUGAAGUACGCUUUCUGUACGUAUUACUGGUGGGAGCGCCCACCUUAAUCAUGUAAUUUGUUAUCUUUAGAACAGUAAUGCAUUGAAAGUGUGGAGACCGUCUUUGCUGCUUGUUGGAUACUGUUACCGUUCGGAUGUUCUGAUAUUCUGUCUUUACUCAUUCAGGAAUUCAUCGUACCUGCUGGCCAGUCCACCCUCGAGGCCUUUUCUUCCUCGAGGUGUCCCAGGGGGUCAAUUUCCAGCCCGCCCAACUACUUCCAGCCUCAUCGUCCUCCACCCCCCUCUGUUCCGCAAACCGACGCCUCACCCACGUCUCUCAGGCGCCUUGUUUAA